ACCAUAAUAAAAAAAAAAAAAAUUGGUUUACAUUUUCCCGUUGAGGUUGCGAAACAGCAAUAAAUGAAAUUGAUAUCGCCAUAAAUAAGGAUUUUGUGUAUAAAAAGCCUGUUGCUGCUGCUCUGUGUUGAAUGACCAUUCUCCAUUGUAUUCUAUUCUCCCGUCCCGUCUCAUUUAUUUAUUUAUUUAUAUAAAUUUCAGUGGUUUCAUUCCCAUUUGCAAACUACCACUUUCUGAUAUCCACGCUUUCACAUUUCAGAUUUUAUUUUUUCUCUUUUCUGAAAAAUCAUCAUCAAAAGAAUCAAGCAAUGGAUCCUGAAAUGCCAAAGCAGGAAAAAGAAUUAAGGAGCCAAAAUGCAAAGAGAUUGAUGUAUCAGCUUGUCCAACUCAGCGUUAGAGUAGUGGUAAUUGCUUUAACACUAGCAGGUGCAGUUACUAUGACAACCAGUGCCCAAUCUGUUACCGUUUUUGGGAUUGUUAUGGAUGCCCGUUACACCUUUUCCUCUUCUUUCAGGUUCAAAUUGGUUGCAGAUUCUGUAGUGUGCGGCCUCUCUGUGCUGUCAGUGGUUGUUGUUAUUUCACUGAAUCGUCCCAAAUCAAAUUCCAAGAAUUACUUUUAUUUGCUCUUGCUUGACAUGGUUAGUGUGCUUCUGUUGGUGUCAGGAUGCUCGGCUGCAAUGGCUAUCGGGUACGUGGGGCGAUUCGGACAGGCUCAGACUGGUUGGAUUGCUAUUUGUGACCGUGUCGAAAUAUUCUGUUACAAGAUUUUGGUCUCAAUUGCAUCAUCUUUCUUGGCUGUCAUUUGCCUCGUUCUUCUUACUGUCAUGUCUGCCCACAAACUCAAAUCUGACUCUUAUUUGAUGAAGGGGGUUGGAAUACAGAUCUGAUGAACAAAUUACUGUCA